AUGUGCGACAUUCCUCCUCGACCCUCCCGCCGGCCGGCGCGAUUUGCUCGUCGGUACGGGUCGACAUUCAACGCCUUCGAUCAUCUCGCCAAUGUGAGUCUAUGCUCACAACAAUUGGGCCAAGUCGAAAUCGACUGUCGCUUUCGGCAUUCAAAAACACAGUGGGGUGUUUUAGGACCCGCCGAGAACCAGGCUGGCAUUCUAUACAUGGACUUGACGUUCGCUCAAACCAAGCAUUGCCGAUUGUCAAGUGCAACCGUGUUGGUGAGCUUGGAGGAUCCCGAAAAUGUUCCCAAAGAGGGCAAAUCCUCCGCCGCACCUGCGCGGUCCACACCAAGAGGAGAUAGAUUGGCAGCCGAAGGCGGGCAAAAAUCAGGGUAUAGAACGGUCGAUCCUAUCGAUCCCACCAGGGAAGCAAGGGAAGAGUGGGAUGAACUGCGCUUUCUACAGUUUACCCAGGAAUUUGGACCACGAGAGCUGGCAGGAGAGGCUACACGAGCGACUACCAAGAAGACCAGACAUUUGACCCCGCAGGUCAAUGUUCUGGGGAAUGGGGGUGGAGGCUUGGGCCUGGACCACGAACAAAGUAUUGAGCAAAGCAGUCGAUGGACGUUUACGGGAAACCUUCUUCGAGGCUCAAUACUCGGAGACAAUGCUGCGGAUAUUGUGUAUCGCAAGCUCAGAUGGGACCUCUCUGAGGAUGAUUUCCAACCUCAGACUAGUCACAGCAACACGAUUCAGACAGCUUUCACCCUCGAACACGACGAGAAACUAUUUGUGAUUCGAAUCGAGAUUCAAGGAAAACUUGAAAGAAGGCAUGAGCGAAUGAAGAAUCGUGUUAGGGAACUGUUAAAGUUCCCCAAGGAUCCUAGCAAAAGCCAGGGAGUCUCGCUGACGGUGGUCAAUCCCCGCGCGGAGAAGGCCCCAAGGAGACUCGAUGCUAUUGCACGAGGUAUACCCUCGGAUAUGGAACGUCUAAAUUUGGAAGCCGUUCGGUCACAGCUACCGACAACGCUCCCUGUCUCCUUUCAGCAAACUCUUCAAGUAUCGAGAGAUGAGAGUACAACUUCAGCCACAGUCGUAGAAGAAACUGAUUCAGGCCCCUCGACAACCGAUUAUACGGCGAGAACGAGGCUUCCAAACCACCGACCAUUCGAGAGAAUAUCCACCUUCACAGAAGAGGAGCAGAUAAUAAUUGGAAGAGCCCCGAAGAAAGAGGUAUCGGCGAAGACUCAGGGCCAUUUUACGGAACCUGCAGCGCGGACGCAGAUUUCCACAGUCAAAAGCCAAAGUGAGCUCUCACCCACGCAAAUACCCGUCAGUCAACGAAAGCCAAGAUACGGAGGAACGCCCUUCAGGAAAGAAACGGAGCGAUAUGAGCAAUUAUUGCGAGAGACGCGGGCUGAAGAGGUGGUGGACCCUAAGCCAGAAGGAAUUCCGGUACGAAGUAGCCCGAACCUGCAGUCAUCCGAUGGGAAGCUUUCGGAGGACGACUUGACAGAGCUUGCAUCACAGCUAGUUCAGUUUCCCUUCCUCCUUCGCAUUAUGCUGUGGGUCAUUUCUAUGAUGAGUUCGACCUCGAACAAGCCCCCGAGAAAGACACUGAAAAGUGAAUGA